AAGAGUUUUCAGGAUAUGCUGUGCCAAAGUAUCGUACUCGUAGUAAUCGCAGUCAUGCAUUACAAAUUUUUUUGUCAAUGUAACUCCGCAUUACAAAUUUCAUUUCUCAUGCUGAGGGAAUUUGUCAUGCAUUUAUACGAGUACGAUACUUUUGCAAUUCAUACAGGAAGAACGGAAACGAAAGCUGUCCGCGGCUGCAGUGGAGUUCAAUUUUGCCGCGGCGGCCGCGGGCACCAUGGUAGCAGGUGGUGGACGAGGAGUUCCUCUUGGUGCGUCAACUUCUUCUACGGGAAAAAUAUAUGCUGGUACUUCGACUUCCUUUCCCACCCCAUGCACAGUGCCCAAAGUCGUCGUAUCGGUACUACCCGCAGGAUCAGCAGCUGC